UGUCCCAAGCAGCGCCGCACCAUGCUGCGCUGCACCGACCCUGCCCUGGUGGGUGACGUCAUUCGCACAUAUCCCCCAGUAGUGUUGUCUGGCUCUGCAGCAAGUCAGACAGAAACAGAAAAGAGCUGAGUGUGUGAGUGAUCCCAGUCGGGAGGGGCCCUUUGAAGGAAUAUUACCACCGCCGGCGUUCCAGCAAAGCCAACCUACAACUCAGGAAUACGUAUUUCUGUGCCCUCCUAAGACACAUUUUGGGAGUCGAAAUAGCCUAUUAGGUCCCUUUCGGGUAUGGCGGAUUGCUUGCACUGAUUUUAUCAUUGCAAGAAGAGAAAGAGAAGGAAACAAGCUCACUGAUUUGCACCAGUGACUUGAAAUCCUGUCUGUUGCCCCUUUUCCCCUCAACACUCUUUUUCCUACCCUCCUUCCGCGUUUCCCCCUCUUUGUCUGCGCUCCCGGAUCCCACGGACUGCAAAAACUCAACGAUGCCUAGUUCGCUGUUCGCGGAUAUGGAGAGAAAUGGGAGCAACCAGGAGAAUGCCCUGGACGACCAGAGAGCCCUACAGUUAGCGCUGGACCAGCUGUCCUUGCUCGGCUUGGACAACGACGAGAACGGGCUGUAUGACAACGAGUCUAGCCGGAAAAAGAGUGUCAACAUGACCGAAUGUGUCCCUGUGCCUAGUUCUGAGCAUGUAGCUGAAAUCGUCGGCAGACAAGGAUGCAAAAUCAAAGCACUACGAGCGAAGACCAAUACCUACAUUAAGACGCCCGUGCGCGGCGAGGAGCCGGUAUUUGUGGUAACGGGGAGGAGGGAGGAUGUUGCCAUGGCCAGGAGAGAGAUCAUCUCUGCAGCUGAACACUUCUCCAUGAUCCGAGCCUCACGGAACAAGAACACAAGCAUCAAUGGGACAACGGGAGGUGGUACCCCAGCCCCUGGACCACCCAACUUACCGGGCCAGACUACUAUCCAAGUCCGGGUUCCUUACCGGGUGGUGGGGCUGGUCGUGGGUCCUAAGGGGGCUACUAUCAAACGCAUCCAACAGACAACCCACACCUAUAUUGUGACUCCCAGUCGGGACAAGGAGCCCGUGUUCGAGGUGACUGGCAUGCCCGAGAAUGUGGACCGCGCCCGGGAGGAGAUCGAAGCCCACAUUGCCAUGCGGACAGGCGGCCUCAUCGAACUCCAGGAUGAGAACGACUUCCACGCCAAUGGCACAGACGUGGGGUUCGACAUCCACGGCCAUCCCACUCUGUGGUCCAAGCCCAGUAACCCACAGAGUGUCACACCGACGUCCGGACGGAAACCUUUCUCCAACUACCGCAACGACUCAUCGUCCUCAUUGGGCAGCGCGUCCACUGACUCCUACUUUGGCACCAACAGCAGCUCGCGCAUGGCGGACUACAGCCCUCCCUCCCCGGCGCUUAGCUACACAGCCAGCAACAACAACGGCAACAAUAACAACAACAACCUGAACAUCAACACCAAUGGGAAUGGCUUUGUCUACGGCGGCGACGUCAUCUCGCCUGACUGCACUGACAUGACCUUCGGAAACUCCUCACCAGGGUUUGACCCCACGCCGGCCCCGCCCGGCCUCGCCUGGUCCCAGUAUGAGCGGGGUUUGACUCCCUCCUCCUCUUCGUCCAGCUCCCCUACCUCCACAUCCUCCGCCAUCUACCCUUUGGUUAAUGCUUCCACCAACGCCAAUGGGAUGGCAGCUGCCCAGAGGAGGAUGAAUGGGGUUGGCACCCCCCAGCCACGCCUGUCCCCGCCCCUUCUCAACCACCACACCGCCGGUCCCACCGAGCACCCCCUGGCCCGGAGGGUCCGCAGCGACCCAGGUGGAGGCCCACUGGGUUUCCCUGGGUACCCUGGCUCCAACUGCAUGGUUUCCUUGCCCGGGCCCCACCUCCCCGGGGUGCCCUGCGACUCCUCGGCCUCCUCUUCGUCAUCCUCCUCGUCCUCCUCCACCAGUCGCAAGGGCAGUCGCGACUGCUCCGUGUGCUUUGAGAGUGAAGUGAUCGCAGCUCUGGUGCCCUGUGGCCACAACCUCUUCUGUAUGGAAUGUGCCAACCGCAUCUGUGAGAGGAGUGAGCCCAAAUGCCCUGUGUGCCAUGCUGGGGUCACUCAGGCCAUUCGUAUAUUUUCAUAAGACACUCUAUGUGUCUCUAUGACUCACCAUUAUGUUAUUACCAACAUGGCCAAGUCCUGACUUUAUGAUAUUAUUACCAAGAUAGCAGAGUCCUUCUUGACUUACAGUGUCACCAAAAUGAUGGGGUCUUGACUACAAAAGCAGCAACACCAACAACCACAUGAACACAACUAAAGACUGAGACUAUUGUUCUGCUUUAAAGCAUUCUAUACUGUCAUGUAUGGGCAUAUAUGUUUGUGUGUAUAUACAUGUGUGUGUAUAUAGGAAAACUACAGUAUCCAAAAAAGGAACAGAUGACCCUUAUCCGGGCUCCGUCAUAAUUGUUAAUAACGUACUGUAGCGUGAGGGAGGAAAAUAUUUUCAACAUCUAAAAAUGCAUGUUUAAAAUAUUACAGCAUAGUAAUCAAUAGACGUAGUAAUGAAUUGUACACAAUAUUUAUGAAGUUACGACGAGGACAGAAAGGUCUUGGACUGAGGUACAGGUGAGUCUUUUGGUCAGACUGUUAGUAGAGUAAAGCCUUCCAGUUUCACUGAUAGAAUGUAUUGAUAACAGGGAGACAUGGUGUGGAGGGACAGGACUAUUGACUUUUAAGUUCUUGUAAGGUGAAGAUACUGGAGCUUAAGGUCAGUCGACCACGUGAGGAAGUUCGAUGACAUAUCCUACUUAGCUAUACAUGUAUACAAUUGGGGAGGGGGGGGGGUCCCACACAUUGAUGAAAUGGUUUUAAAAAUUAAUUACAUUAAUACAGAUUGAAGUAUUUUAUUCUUUUUUGACUUGAAAGAUUAUAUUUCGUAUUGCAAAGAUGUUUACAGAUAUUUUUAAUUUAAGUUCAGUGAACUUUUUUGUAGCUGGGUUCAAAUAUUGUUUAUUUUUUAGUAUGGCCUUAUGGCAAUGAUCACUGUAUUAUUUUAAUAUCACAGACUGUGGGAGAAAAUAUAAGGACCACAGGGAUGUGCAUUUACAUUUUACAGUAUUCUGUUGGGAUGGAGUUUUUAUAGGUUCAGCAAAAAAAUGUCUUUAAAAUCGCUUCACCCAGCAUAUUUUCUAUUCAGUAAUAUAAAGCAUAUUUUAUUCUAUAUUAUUACAAAACGUUGAAAUGUAUAAAACUUAGUAAGUCAAACAAAAAAGGAAAAAAAACGUUUGUGCUUUCUAAAAAAUUUGUAUGAACUAGAUUCCAGUGGGACUUACAGACUUCUGUUGCACCACUAUAGUUUUAGUAUUUCUAUUUUAAUACAUUUGUUUACCACUUGUUUAUGUAUAUGUAGGUGCUGUUACUUGAGCGUAAAUGUACUUUAUUGAGCAAAGUUUAAGAACAAAGUAUAUUUUAUUUUAUGAUAAAGGGCCUUUAACCUCGCGGUCAAAUACUAAUGUUAUAUUUGCAGAGACAAGAUUUGAAAAUGUAUCGAGAGUUUUAUUUUUCUGAAAGUUCUACAUGAUAAAGUAAAACUUAAGUAAUGGUGCUACUUCAUGUUUUUUUUAAGUAUUUCUAUA